AUGAAGUGGCGGUUUAUAUUUACGUUGAUUAGCGGCACGCUCGGUGCUUUCAAACAACUGGGCUCGCGUCAAGCAAGUUCCACUUUAAAUUCAAUCCUUAUUACCCGCGACACAAAUUUAAACGAGGUUAUAUUUCCAGUUGCGAUGACUCGCAAAAACUCUCCGUUCAAGAGGCGAUGCAAAAGCUAUUACGCUAUUAAAGAUAACCAAGAUUUAAGACAAACCUUCUUUAAAACCGACAGCCAAACGGAUAUCGAAAUGAUUCAAAAAGUGUAUUGGGAUAUUGAACAAGCGUGCGACCCUAGCAAAAGCCACAGUUACGUUUUUAAAUGUGGCGGCAGUAAAUGCCGUGACCGUUGGAAGGCUUAUACAUUCCCUGAUGAUGAUACGGUUUAUAUAUGUCCCUAUUUUUUUGAGAAAGAUGCCGACGAACGUGGUCACGUAUUAAUACAUGAGCUUUCCCAUAUAAACGACAUUAGGGGAACAGAAGAUUAUGACGCUUAUGGAUAUUACGAAUCGAUUGCGUAA